ACCCAUGUCUGUCAUUUUCUUGUUCAUCCAUGAUUCACCCACCUAACCUCAAAAAUCUCUCCGUGGACUUUUCAUCCAACAAAAACCAGUUCUUAGUGAUGAUACACCCCCAACGUGCCUGAUAAUGUCCGAAACCGAAGUCGAGUGGCCCUGGCAGUACGCUUUCCCCCCGUUUUUCACCCUACAACCUCACCCCGAAACCCGCUCCAAACAAGUAUCUGCCUGGAAAUCCCUCAUUCUAGAGUACUGCCAGAAGAACAAGCUGUUCAUCAUCGACGUGAGAGAAGCCCAUCAACUCCCCCUGUUCCACAACUCAGCCAUCAACCGCAAACUCGACCCCACAGUCGUAGUUUCAAUCUUAUCUGAACUAUCGAAAAGCGGAAACGCCGGGGCUCUAGACAAAACCAAGAACCGAUGGGAGAUUUACUGGCACACUCUGGAGGAGUGGGCUGCCAUGAUUUACGACCACGUCUGCGACAACGGGAUGCAGAACAGUGUGUUGACGUUGUUCGAGUUGUCGCAGGGGGAGGACGUGCAGGACAAGGAAUUCGCGGGGAUCCACACAGACGUGCUAAUUAAAGCGCUACGGGUGCUCGAAGGGGAGAGAAAGUGCGAGCUGAUCUUGUCAGAUGAAGAGCAAGGGGUCAAGUUUUUUUGAGUGUAUUUGCGUGUAAUAAAGGAUUUGUAACUCAAGAGACAA